CACUGGAAUCCGAUUACGCGCGCUCCGGAGUGCUCAUAAAAGUUAGUGCGCGCACACCGGAGCUGUCAGACUGAGUCGAGACGCGGCUCAACCGCCAACCGGAUUCCUUCGUGACGCAACCGGGAGCCGACCAGACCACGAAUGCAUCCAAAGCUCCUCGGGAACUGUUCCGAAGACGCGCAAAGGAUUUGCUUUGAACAAGUGGGAUAAUUUUUGAUUCCAUUUUUGGCGUUGGAUGAGAUGCCAUCGGUGAUGCGUUGAAGGACCCCAAAAAAAAAAAAAAAAAAAAAGAAGCCAGAAGCAGAGAAAGAAGCCGUCGCAAGCUUUGACGCGCGUCUCCACGUUUGCAGCCCGCCGGAUGGUUUAAAAGCGUGUUGAUGCGUGGGAAGGGAGUGGGACACUUCCAGGAUGAGUGAGCGACACGCGCAGGUGGGAAGCAAAGGGCUUUUACUCGUCAUGGCGCUCGCCAUCAGCCUCUGGGACAUGUCUGAGAGCUCGACAGCGCAGCAUGUUCCCACGGGCACCUGCGAGGUGGUCGCCUUGCAUCGCUGCUGCAACAAGAACAAAAUUGAGGAGCGCUCGCAAACCGUCAAGUGCUCCUGUUUUCCGGGGCAAGUGGCCGGCACCACCAGAGCCGCCCCCUCCUGCGUCGACGCCUCCAUAGUGGAGCAGAAGUGGUGGUGUCAGAUGCACCCGUGCCUUGACGGCGAAGAAUGCAAAGUCCUUCCUGAUCUGAAAGGCUGGAGCUGUGCUACAGGGAACAAAAUCAAAACCACAAAGAUUUCCGCGGAUAGGGAUCAACUUUGGUAACAUCACAUUCUUCACCGGGGACUCCACAGGUGACUCAAAGGAGAAGAGGCUGAUUGCAAAGAACUUUUCUGUAAAUAAACCGCAGUGAAUCCUUGGCAACCUGAAGGCCUCCUGAACUGUAUUGGCCAUCCAAUCAGAGAAGUGGAUUCCAAUAAGAGGAUUUUUUUUUUUUUUUUUGGAAAGAAGCCUUAGCAGACGACUGGAUUUGCUCUCAUACCCGUACUGCUUGUAGUGGAUUACAAUGGUGAACUCUGCCUAAAUGUUCAAUUCUCGAAUCUAGCGUUCCUUGACAGGUUUUGUUUCAUCGGCCGGACGACAGCGAGCACCGUUGCUGAGCAAACAAAGUAGCGUGAUGAAAAAGACGUACCGUAGCCCGAGUAGCAGAUAUACAGGAGGACUUUCAAAUAAGUACACAACCACACUGACGCGUCUCUACCUGAAAUGUUUGAUGCCGUCAUGCGACAUGCUUCCAUUCUACAUGUGAAAAUAACUUAGAAGAAGGAAUUGCAUUAAAAAAAAUUGCACAUCUGUGCAGUAAUAGAUGCAUCUGCUAUCUUUACAAACAGCCAGCAGCAGCUAGCAGAAAGUAGUUUUUUGUCCUAUGUCUUUUGGAAAAAAUCAAAUUUCUGGCAGCUUCUACGAUUUUUCCACCCUGAAUGAACUUGGGGUUCAAGUCAAAUUAUUGAGACAUUAAAACAAAACAAAAAAAUGAAAGAAAAAAAAUCCCAUCGAGUGGUUCAGAACAUUUACAUGACUGUUUUUCAACCCAAAUACGACAUUGUCUGAGUAAGUGAUGACAUCAGUAAUAAACUGUGGUUGUGUGAUU